AUGAAUGAAUGGAAGGACAGAGCAAGGAAGUCUUUGAGGGAUGCUGGGAAACCAUAUGUGAACCGGAGAGGAGAGCAAAAACGAGGAAAAAGUCCACCGAAAGAGGGCAAGGUGUGCAAUGAGACGUGUCCCAGGCAGUGUUCAAGCCUAACAGAACAAAGAAAACUCCAGCUCUUCACAGAGUUUUAUGCUGUCUCUUAUGAGAGGCAGCAGGCUAUCAUUCUCUCUGGUUUGGAGCAGCACAAGGUUAUUCAAGAAAAGUUAGGCAGUCAGUCUGAGGGAACAGAGCAGGUAGAUAAAGUCAGGUCUCCAUUAGAGGACUUCAGAGGAAAACAUAAGAACAGGCCUCAUAGCAUUCAUCCUGCAGUGAGAGAGGGGAUAAGAGAGCAUAUCUUGAGCUUCCCACGCCAGCCGAACCACUACUCACGGAUGAAGGGAGAUGUGGAGAGGGAGUACCUGAGCCCUGAUUUAAACCUGCUCCGCAUGUUCCGCCUGUACAAGGAAAACAAUCCAACAUCCACUGCAAAGUUCUGGCUCUAUAGGGACCUCUUCAAGCAGCAGAACCUCAGUUUUGGGCAGCCAAGAAGUGACACUUGUGCGAAAUGUGACGCCCUGUUCUCAAAAUUAACAGCUGCUACAACAGAUGGAGAAAGGUUGAAGAUCGCAGCCGAGAGUGAGCUUCACCACCGGAAAGCUGAAAAAGCGUACACCCAGUUGCAGGCUGACACAGCGAGGGCCAAAGCCAAUGAUGACUGCCAUGUCAUUUGUAUCGACAUGCAGGGGGUAGUGUUCACGCCAAACCUGACACACUCCAACGUGUACUAUCAACGACAGCUGGCCAACUACAACCUCUGUAUCCAGGAGAUGGGCACUGACAAUCCUCCUACAAUGUGCCUCUGGCAUGAGGGCAUCGCUCACAGAGGUUCCAUCGAGGUGGCAAGCUGUCUUUUGAAGUGGGCAGAAACAUCUUUCGCUCCCCUUGUCCAGGCAAAGGAACGGAAGCUCGUCAUCUAUAGUGACCGAUGCUGUGGGCAGAACAACAACUGGCGAGUCCUAAACCUCAUGGCCCUGCUCAUAUCUAGAGGGUACUUCAGUCAGAUAGAGCAGAAGUUCAUGGUGUCUGGUCACUCCUUCCUUCCCUGUGACCGUUCCUUUGCCACGCUGGACAAGAGGCGUAAGGUGUCCACACUCCACACCCCCAGCGAUGUCGCCGAGAUGAUCCGUGGAGCAAGGCAGCAGCAUCCAUUCAAAGUAAUUGAGAUGAAAUGUGCGGACUUCAGGCAGCUCCCUGAUGCAACAUUAAAGCGUCCACCUGGCUUGCUAAUCACAUCCAUGAUGUGGUUGAAAGUGACAGCUGCUGAUCCAUGGUGUGUCCACACAAAAGGGAGCCACAGCCUCUACGAGGGAUGGAAGACCUGGCUGAUCACCAAACAGAGGAAGAAUCAACCACCUCCAGCUCCCUUGUUCUCCACCACGUAUGCUCGUAGCUUACGAGGACCCUCUGCCCGUCAAGAAGGAGAAGCACCGGGAUCUUAUGAAAAUGCUAGCCUACAUGCCAGCGGAGGCCCAAGCAUUUUAUGGGACAUUAGAAUGUGA